AUGGAGAUGCCUUUUGACAGUGGAAGGGUUUUUGAUUACGAACGAACUAAACAACAUACAAGCUAAGAUUUUACAGUUACGUGGUUUUAUCACACACAAUGGGGAACACUGGAGAAAUGAUCAGGACGUACAUAUGUUUACUUGUUUUCGACGUUUGAAGCAUGUUGUUUCCUCGAAGCUAUAUAUUUGCUCGUGUUGCGAAACAGCAUUGUAAAACAAUAUCAAACAGAAAUUAUGUUACCAAAAAAUUUAACACCCCUUUAAGUGGAAUGGAAAUGGCUCGCUGUGGAGGUAUUGCAAGUAUGAUGCGACUUCCAAUAGCUUCGUCAACAGAAGGACUGGAUGCUUGUUUUGUUGGUGUUCCUAUUGACCAUGGUACUUCAAAUAGACCCGGAACUAGAUUUGGCCCGAGAGAAAUCCGAUCUUCUUCUGUGGUAGUGCAUGAAGUUAAUGUUACAACUGGUGCCACACCAUUUCAAUCACUCAUGGUUGCUGACGUAGGAGAUGUAUGGGUUAAUCUAUACAACUUACCAGAUACAUGCAGAAGUAUUAAAGAAAGUUUUGCCAAAAUGAUUGCAAAUGGUUGCAUUCCAUUAACUGCAGGUGGAGAUCACACCAUAACAUAUCCUAUUCUACAAGCAAUAGCUGGCAAGUAUGGGCCUGUGGGUUUGGUUCACGUUGAUGCACAUGGCGACUGCAGCGACACAAUGCUUGGUGAAAAAAUUGCUCAUGGAACACCAUUUAGACGAGCUGUAGAAGAAGGCUUACUUGACACUAAGCGAGUGGUGCAGAUAGGCCUGCGUGGUUCUGGUUACUCAGUUGAUGAUAAUAAGUACCAGUUAGACAACGGUUUCCGAGUGGUUCCAGCUGAGCAAUGCUGGCAUAAGUCUCUCUCCCCAUUGAUGAAUGAAGUGAAAGAACAAAUGGGAGAUGGACCAGUGUAUAUAAGCUUUGACAUUGAUGCGUUAGACCCAGCAUUUGCUCCUGGAACUGGAACCCCUGAAAUCGGUGGACUCACUUCUAUUCAGGGACUUGAGGUCGUAAGGGGUUGUCGUGGAAUGAAUGUGGUUGGAGCUGACCUUGUGGAAGUAUCGCCACCUUAUGAUACAACAGGAAUAACCGCUCUUACUGGUGCAAAUCUUCUGUUCGAGAUGUUGUGCAUUCUACCGGGUGUGAAAUAUGACAAAUAAAUUUUCUGCGUAGGUCCUAUCGCAGCAGCUGGCGUGUUCACACAAGAUGUGCCUACGGCAUGAUUAUACUCAAAACUGCAAGUUACGCAUAGCCCGCAGAGAUAGUCUAGCUUCUGUACAAUUCUCGUUACCUAUUGCUCAUUGAAUUUUGACGUUGUAUUGAAGUACAUGAUUGGCUCAAUAUUA